AUGAAGCUGUCAACCCUAACAAUCCUCCUUACUGUGGCUACAUCAGUUAACUCCAAAAUAGUAGAUCACAAAGUUGAAAAUUCAGAACUUAGAGUUAAUUUUAACGAUGGUUCUGGGGAUGAAUACUCUGGUGUGGUGAUUCAUGGAAAUGAGAAAAGAGACGAUGAUGAUGAUGGGCAUGAAAGUGAUAGAGACAACGAUGACAAUGAUGCUGAUGAUAAUAAUGAUGGUAACCAAACUGACAAUGAUGGCCACGAUACUGACACUGAUGACGACAAUAACGACCAUCAGCGUACUUCUUCCUCUAAACGUAGUUCUUCCGUGAAGACAUCAACACAAUCUUCGAAACGUACAUCAACAAGGAAUUCGCAGGAAACUGAUAAAGAUGGCAACGAAACUGAUAACGAUGGCCACGACACUGAUAACGAUGGCCACGACACUGAUAACGAUGGCCACGACACAGACACGGAUGAUGAUGAUGAUGACAACCAUCAUCGUACUGCGUCUUCUAGAAGUAGUUCAUCCCUGAAGAAUUCAGAAUCUUCGAAACGUACGUCGAUAAGAAAUUCGCAAGCAACUGACAACGAUGGUAAUGAAACCGACAACGACGGCCAUGAAACUGACACCGAUGACGAUGAUGACGACCAUACUCGUACCGCUAAUUCCUCUUCCAAACGUAGUUCAUCGCAAACUUCAGCACAAUCAUCAGAGUCAUCGUCGACAAGUAAUUCGCAGUCAACUGAUUCUGGAUCGGGGGCUGCAGCAGAUUAUCAACGUUCGUGGUUUGGCAUAUCCAUUGCCGGUGCUAUUGCACUUGGUGGCUUCUUGAUUUAA